UUACGUUUCAGUAAUAUGAGUAUGUGUGUGGUCAGUUAAACAGCCUUCUUCACCAACAGUUCCGCAGAAAAGAUCAAACUCAAUACUGCUGCAGAGACAGUUUCGUGUUGCUGAACAGUCGUUGGAAGUUGUUUACUGCCGCAUAGCAACCGCGGCGUCCCGUGUUACGUCACCGCGGGAGGGGCCGGGGUGUUACCUCACCGCUGACGGAGGUGGGGGUGUCCGGCAUAGCGCAAAUACGUCACAAUAUGUUGGAUAUGACGGUUUCGGAGCAGUGACUAUCAAGUGUAUUGCUGCCUGGGAGGCCUAUGAGAUCGCCCAAAAAUCGUCCCGCGAUCGCGAUGGACAUGCCUGCUCUAAAACAUCACUGGACUUCUACUGGACUAGACGCUGGUCUUAUAAACAAUGGAGUCAUCACUUACCACACCUCCUCAAGAUAGUCACACAAUUGUAGCAUCUCAUCAUUACAUAAAUUUGUUUCAGUCAUCACUUAGCCAGUUCUUAUCAUCGGAUCCCCGUCUGCAGCUUAUAGUGUUACAGAUUAUACAGCUGAUUCAGGAUCAUCAAAGUCUGGUGCAAUCAACUCCAAAUUUUAGCACCAAUGAGGAAAGAAAUACAAAUAACUUUACUCAAAAUUCUGAUACCACUAAACUCCUAGGCCUAAAUUCAUUACAGGAGGAAAUUUAUUAUUCUACAGAGAAAGGAACAGAAGAGGGAUCACCAAAGCUGCAGAGUACACAGUUAAAUUUUCUGAGAAACAGAUACAUACCAUAUGAAACUUCGAUAUACGAUCAAACAAAUUUUUCUGAUGAAAAUUUGGAGGGAAGGAAACAUGAACUUCAACAAAAAGAAAUCCUUGAAAAUGACAAUAUGUUAUACUACAAAUUAGAAGCAUUAAUGGAACACCAGAAAAUUCUCAUCAAUCAAAUGAGGCUGAAUGUGAUGAACCUUCAGGAACACAAAGAAAAACUUGAAAAAUAUUUUGGGAGAAAGAUGCAACGAGAAAUACAAUUGAUAAAUGAGGUAAAGAAUCAAAAGGAAACAAUUAACAGAUUGAAAUCACAAAUUCAGACAUGCAAAGAUGUAUCUUCCUCUAUGAUUCUAGAACUAAAGAACAGAACAAAAGAGAUAAACAAGAUGAAAUCCAGAUUGAAGAGUAUGGUAUUAGAUAAAUUAUCCCAUAAUUUUACAAAUGUUUCAAAUGGAUGCUUGUUAGAGAUGAAAAACAAAGAAAAUGAAAUACACAAACUGAAAGCCAAAUUGGAGAAUAAAGGACAGAUGGAUAACACUGCCUCUAUUUUAAUCUCCAAUUUGUCUGAAUUCAGCAAUAAUUCAAGUAUACGACAGACUCUCAAAAACUUGUUGGAAAGAAAGAAUACUUUGGAAACUCAACUGACAUAUUGUUACACUUCCUGUUCUGCCAUAUUAUUACAACUAAAAAAUAAGUCAAAUGAGGUACAUGAACUGACAUCACAACUGGAGCAUAGGGAUAUUUGUGAAAAACAAUUAAAAAAUUGUUCCAUUUAUUUAUCACAUCUGUCCUCUGAAGUGAACAAAACAGCAAAGAAUUUGGAAGAACAAAAGUCCACAUUAAAAGACACUGAAACAAAACUGCAGAUGUGUGCAGAUCACUCAUUCUCCACGCCUUUACAGUUAUAUACGAAUACAAGUGAGAUACAAUUCCUCAUUUCUGUAAUGAGAGAAAGAGAUAAUUUGAAAGCUUUGUUACGAAACUGUUCUCAUGAGAAAGUACAGCAACUGUCAAAAUUAAGAAACAAGUCAAAUGAGGUACAAGAACUUACAGCCAGAUUAAGAGAUGCAGAUAAUUUGGAAGCAAAAUUAGAAAACUGUAUGAAUAAUUCAUUAUUUCUCUUCUCUGAAUUAAAAAAUAAAACAGGGAAAUCAGAUGAACAGAAUUCCAAAUUGCUGGAUAAAGCAAAACAAUCACAAAACUGUUCAUGUAAGGUUUCUUCCAUUCUGUCAACAUUAAACAACAAAACAAGUGAAAUAACAUUUUUAAUUUCUGUUUUGAGAGACAGGGAUGUCUUACAAGCCCAGUUACAAAAAUGUUCUACUGAAAAAAUGGAACAAAUAUUGGAAAUAAGAAAUAGCUCAAAUAAGAUAAAAGACUUAACAACCAAAUUAAGGAAUCAUGAUCUUUUGGGAAUAAAUGUCCAAAACUGCUCUAAUUAUUUGUCAGUUCUUGAUUCUGAAUUACAAACAUGUUCACACAACUUAUCUUCUGCCUUGUUGAACCUUAUUAAUAAAACAAGGGAAAUUCAAAGACUCACUAAGACUAAGGGCAGCUUAGAAGCCCAGGUACAAAAUUGUUACCACACAUUAUAUACCACAAAAAAUUACAACACACAUAUGGUAAACAAUUUAAUAACUGCAUCGAAAAAGGUACAGAGCUGUGAAGUACAGUUACAAAACUGCACCAAUAAUUCAUUGGUACUUCAGCUGGAACUGGAAAACAGAACUAGAGAAAUACAAUAUCUCAAACUGGAGAAUACGGAUAAUUAUGAAAAUCGUUUACAAACCUGCACCAACUUUUCUCAGUCUAUCUAUCUUGAACUUAAAAACAAAACAAAACAGGUUGAAAAUCUGACUUCAGAUGUAAUAAAUAUGAGUAAAUUAGGAGUCCAACUGAAAACAUGUUUAGAUAAUUCUUCUAUGUUAAUGAAGGAACUGAAUAAUAAAUCAAGCAAAAUACAUGACUUGACUCGAAAAUUACUAAAAGAUAAUGAGUUAGAAGGCAAAAUUAAUGAUUGCACAGAACUUUCAACAAACUUAGCACUGGAACUCAGGAAUAAAACAAGCUACAUUCAGAACCUUACUUCAAAAUUAAUUACUGAAAGUAACAAUAAACAAAACUGCUCUACUAUCCCUCCUGCUCUACUCACUGAAUUGAGAAAUAAGACAAUUCAAGUACAAAAUCUUACCUCAGAGUUGGAGAAUAAUACUCUGAUACAGAACCUGCAACAGAAGAUGAAGAAAGCAGAACAGAAACUGGAAGCUGAACAGAAUGACCUACUGCAACUCCUGACAUUUCUGCAAAGCCAUAGUAAUGACAUCUGUAGACUGCAGUCUCUGCCAGAGGCAGUUAUAUAUGGUAAACCUGUAUUGGUAAAGGCUUGGCUGGAAGCAGGAGUAGAUCCAAACAGAGUGGACAACCAGGGAUACACGGCUUUGCAAAGAGCUGCCAUGGCAGGAAAUCUUCAACUUGUGAGGUUGUUAGUGCAGUAUGGAGCAAAUCUGACUGAGUUAUCUAGAAACCAAUUUGGUGAUCUGCCAAUUCACUUAGCAGCAGCAUUUGGUCAUGCAAACAUAGUUCACUGGAUGCUGGAUAAUGGAGUUCCUGUGAACAUUAGAAACAGAAUUGGAGCAACACCAUUACAUUCAGCUGCACACAAUAACAGAUUGGAAGUUGCUCAUUUACUUUUGGAUGGAGGAGCUGCAGUCAAUGCCAAGGUUAUUAACGGUGACAAUAGGACUUCACUUCAUGAAGCAGCAGCACAGGGGUCUGUAGAUUUGGUAAAAUUACUAUUAGACCGGGGUGCAGAUAUAAAUGCCAUCACAAGUGAUCAGAACCAGACACCACUGCACUGGGCUGAGAAAGUUGGAAACAUAAGAACAGCAGAUCUUCUCAUACAAAGUGGAGCAGACAUUACUGCCCGUGAUAAGAAUGGAACAACACCUUUAGAACUGGCACAAAAUUACAUAAAUGGCAUACCAUAUCCAUGGCAUUAGGCACAUUUCCUGUGUGACAGACUGUGCAGUUAUAACAGAAAGAACAGACUUUGGAUGAAAGUUUCUGAAAUUCUGUAAUGCAUUUAUCACAAUUUUAUACAUGUAUAGGUUUCAACUCCCCCAUUCUAUAUGAUUAUUUUCCAACUACAAUGUAUUUAAUUAAAUCACUCAUUAUGAAUUAGUAUAAUUUUGGGUCAUAGUUUAUGUUAAUUUGGGAUUUUUCAUUUUCUUGUAAAACGUUUCAUUAAUAAAGUGUAUUUGUAUAAAAAUUAAGAUCUCUGUAAUAUUCUGUAUUGUAAAUGACAAAAUGAUGAUGUCAGUGAUGUUCGUAGUCCAUUUACUCUCUGAGCCAGGAUAUAUCUUGUGCCGGCAACCUUACGGAAGAAACGUCCUGUGUUAGUAUUUCUGAAUUUUCUAGCAGCAUAAGAAUACCACAAGGGUGUAGACAACAGACUCUAGUAAUUUCUAAAGGUAAUAUAAAACUCUACACCAAAACUGAUGAUGCAUCUUUUUACCCACAGUAGAUUAAUAUGUCAGCGGUUGAAAAAUUAUGCUAAGUUAUACCCCCUGACAUUAAAUAUUAAUUUGUCACUUCAAGGCCUUUGAAAUAAAUUCAUUAUUAUUAUUAAUGCAUAUCCUUAACUACUCAAUAAUGACAAAAAUAAGGUGCAUUUCAACAGUGUUACUGGGGCAGUAUAUACAAAUUGUUGGGAGAGCAAAUAAAAUAUCAAAACUUUUAUCCCAAUACUUAUUUUAAAAGCACAUUCAUUACAUAAUCAUUUAAAUUAUUUUCCUUUAUAUAGCCACCAUACAGAUGGCAUGAAACCUGCUGAAAGAAAAAAGAGGUAUGCUUUUUUAAAUUAGUACUAAAUAUACUGGCCAGGUAUAUCAAUGAUUUCUUCUGUGGGACACAUUAUCACACAUUUUCUGCAACGCACACUCUUCACAUUACUUUUCACCAUCACACGCGCUAAGCAAUCAAAUUGCUCCAAACGUUCGCAUUUAUACCGCGCUCGCUGC